ACCUGUGCGCGAGAGCAAGCGCACCAGCGCGAGACUGUGCGCGUAAGAGCGCCGGCAAGGAGAGCAGCACAGUUGGGAGGACCGCGAGAGUGAGAGUCGCCUGCAGUAACCAAACCAAGGAGCCGUCCGAGGAGCCGCGUGCAUACGCGCGCGAAUCAAUACUGAACCCUUUUAGGAGACGGACCCUGUCGCGUGAGAGCGUUUUAAGGAAUACCCAGGGAUUGUCUCGCGUGCUGUGUGAGUCAGGGAUUCUAGCUUCCUUCAACACUCUGGAGAAAAGCAGAAGCGCUCGCUGUUCGGAGACGCCCGAUGCAUCAGAUAAGAGUGCCUGGCCGUCGUAGCGUCAGCUGGUAGAGGUGUGUAGCAGAAGGAGUACCAACACAAGGCCAUGGAGUCAAAGAGCAGGCAGACGGCUCGCCUCCACAGAGCAGCGGGUCUGCUGCUACUGCUGGAACUGGCCAUACACACACACGGAGACAGUAUGCCCAGCUUCGUUAAGUCUCCUGAGGACCAGGUUGGCAUCUCGGGUGGCGUGGCGUCUUUUGUGUGUCAGGCGGUGGGGGAGCCCAAACCUCGCAUAACCUGGAUGAAGAAGGGCAAGAAAGUUAGCUCCCAGCGCUUCGAGGUGAUUGAGUUUGACGAAGGCUCAGGGUCGGUCUUACGGAUCCAGCCACUCCGGACCCACCGGGACGAAGCGAUUUACGAAUGCACAGCCGCGAACAGCGUGGGGGAGAUCAACACCAGCGCCAAGCUCACCGUCCUGGAAGAGGACCAGAUCCCUCACGGCUUCCCCACCAUAGACAUGGGUCCCCAGCUGAAGGUGGUGGAGAGAACCCGCACAGCCACCCUGCUGUGUGCGAGUGGGAACCCCGACCCUGAGAUCUCCUGGUUCAAAGACUUCCUCCCUGUCGAUCAACGCAGCAACGGACGAAUCAAACAGCUCCGCUCAGGUGCGUUGCAGAUCGAGAGCAGUGAGGAGUCAGACCAGGGCAAAUAUGAGUGUGUGGCCACCAACAGCGCAGGGACGCGCUACUCUGCCCCCGCCAACCUCUACGUGCGAGUGCGAAGAGUACCCCCGCGCUUCUCUAUCCCGCCCACUAACCACGAGGUGAUGCCAGGAGGUGGCAUCAACCUCACGUGCGUGGCCGUGGGCGCGCCCAUGCCCUACGUCAAGUGGACGACGGGCGAGGUGGAGCUCACCAAGGAGGAGGAGAUGCCCAUCGGCAGGAACGUGCUGGAGCUCACCAACAUCCGUCAGUCUGCCAACUACACCUGCGUGGCCAUCUCCUCUCUGGGCAUGAUCGAGACCACCGCCCAGAUCACCGUAAAGGCUCUGCCGCGUCCCCCCACCUCUCUCAUCGUCACGGAGACCACGGCCACCAGCGUGACCCUGACGUGGGACUCAGGGAACCCGGAGCCGGUCUCCUACUACGUGAUCCAAUACCGGGCGAAGGCUUCCGACGCGGGUCAGCAGGAGGUGGACGGGGUAGCAUCCACGCGCUACAGCAUCGGCGGUCUCAGCCCCUACUCCGAGUACGAGUUCCAGGUGAUGGCUGUGAACAACAUCGGGCGCGGGCCGCCCAGCAGCUCAGUGGAGACGCGCACGAGUGAGCAGGCGCCAUCCUCGCCGCCCCUGCGUGUGCAUGCACGCAUGCUCAGCGCCACCACCAUGCUGGUACAGUGGGAGCCCCCGGAGGAGCCCAACGGCCACGUGCGAGGCUACCGCAUCUACUACACGGCCGACGGGCACGCCCCGCUCAGCACCUGGCAUAAGCACAACACGGAUUCCAGCCACCUCACCACCAUCUCCAGUAUGGUGCCCAAUGUCACCUACAGCCUGAGGGUGCUGGCCUUCACGUCUGUGGGAGACGGGCCGCCGUCCGACGUGCUGCAGAUCAAAACACAGCAAGGCGUUCCUUCCCAGCCCAUUGACUUUGAGGCAGAGGCGGAGCUGGACACGCGCAUCCUGCUCACGUGGCUGUGGCCUGUUCAAGACCACAUCACCAAGUACGAGCUCAGCUACUGGGAGACUAGCUCAGGGAAAAAGAACCACGUGACCUUUGACCCGGCCGGUUCCUAUGCUGUCGAGGGCCUGAAGCCGGACACGCUCUAUGAGUUCACGCUGGCGGCCCGAUCAGAGCUGGGCGUGGGAGUUUUCACCCGGCCUGUCCAGGCCCGCACGGCCCAGUCCACCCCGUCCGCCCCCCCCCAGGAAGUGCACCUGCUCAGCCUCUCAUCCACCAGCAUCAAGGUGAGUUGGGUGGCUCCUCCUGCUGCCAGUUGCCAUGGAAACAUCGCGCGCUACUCCCUGGCCUAUCAGGCGGUCUCGGGGGAGGACCGUGAGCGGCACGAGGUGAAAGACAUUCCGGCGCACGUGACCAGCUACGUGCUGGAGGACCUAGAGAAAUGGACAGAGUACUGGGUUUGGGUCAAAGCCCACACUGACGUUGGGCCCGGGCCUGAGAGCUCCAGCACACGCACCAGAACCCGCGAAGACGUGCCUGGAGCUCCUCCACGCAGGGUGGAGGUGGUGGUGGUGAACUCCACCGCUCUACGCGUGUCCUGGAAGGUCCCCCUGGCCCAAAAGCAGCAUGGUCAGAUCCACGGCUACCAGCUGGUGUACUCCCGCCUGGAGAAUGGGGAGCCCCGAGGCCAGCCCAGCAUCCUGGACGUGGCUCUCCCAGAUGCCCAGGAGGCCUUCAUCACAGGGCUUCAGGCGGAGACCUCAUAUUCUGUUACCGUGGCAGCCUACACCACCAAGGGUGAUGGAGCUCGAAGUAAAGCUAAGGUGGUGACCACGUCAGGAGCAGUCCCAGGUAAACCUACCAUGAUCAUCAGUACUACCAUAGGUAACACAGCCCUUAUCCAAUGGCAGCCGCCGAAAGAGACCGCGGGCGAGCUGAUUGGCUACCGACUGCAGUACAAGCGCGAGGAGGACGAAUCCUUCACCACUCGCGAAUUCCGCCGCGCCGACGACCACUUCACCGUCACCGGCCUGCACAAGGGCGCGACCUACAUCUUCAAGCUGUGCGCCAAGAACCGGGCAGGCAGCGGCGAGGAGCACGUGAAGGAGGUGACGACCCCCGAGGACCGGCCUAGCAGUUACCCCCAGAGCCUGAGCGUGGUGGGGCUGACAGCCAGCACCACGCAGCUGGCCUGGGACCCCCCGCCGCUGGCCGAGCGCAACGGAAAGAUUGUGCGCUACGAGGUGGUGUAUCGCGACAUCAACAGUCUACAGAACCAGACCAACAGCACCACGGACACGCACAUGACUGUCCACGGACUCCAGCCAGACACCACCUACGACAUCAGAGUGAGGGCGUUCACGAGUAAAGGGGGUGGACCCAUCAGCCCCAGUAUACAGAGCAGAACAAUGUCCACAUCCAUGCCUGAGUUCACCAAAAACUUUGGCGUGAAGACUGUGAUGAAGUCCUCCGUCCUGCUUACCUGGGAGGUGCCUGAGACAUACAGCUCUCAAGUGCCUUUCAAGAUCCUUUAUAACCAGCAGAGUGUGGAGGUGCAGGGAGUCCUGAAGAGGAGGCUGAUCACACACCUGCGUCCUGACACCGAUUACUCCUUCGUGCUGAUGGUGAGGGGGAACAGCGCCGGGGGUCUUCAGCAGCAGGUCUCCAUCCGCACCGCCCCUGACCUGCUGACCUCCGCACCUACCCACAAUGCCCACCCAGAGGAAGGGGGCAAAGUCACUAUCUCCCUGCCCAGAGUCCCGGCUAGUGUCCACGCACGCAUCAGGUGGUUCUAUAUUGUGGUGGUACCCAUGACUUCUGCUGCACUACAUCACUGGGAGAGCCCAGAAGACCUGGAUGAUCUAGAUGAGCUGUUCGAGGCUGACACAUACCCUAGCACGAGGAGGAGGAGGAGCCAGACGCAGGACUUCCUGAAGCCUCACAUUGCUGCGAGGAUGAAGACUCUGCCAGAGACCUUCAUCCUGGGGGACGAGAGAACCUACGAGGGCUUCAUCAACAAAGCCCUGCUGACACAGCAGCAGUACCGCAUCUUCAUCCUGGCAGCCCUCCAAGACCACGAGGCAAAAACGUUCACCGCCAGUCCUUUCUCCGAGCCCAUCACGAUCCGCCUGCAUAGCGGCAUGUCUCGGCACACAGAAGACCCGGAGAUGCUGUGGGUCAUGGGUCCCGUGUUGGCCGUCAUCCUGAUCAUCGUCAUCGUCAUCGCCAUCCUCCUGUUCAAGAGUAAGCAGGAGAGGAAGCGUUCCUGCCCCUCUGUGAAGGAUGAACUCUCAGCAGGAGUGAAGGAUCAUUUACUGACUCACAGCUCAGAUCCAGUAGAGAUGAGGAGACUGAACUACCAGACACAAGGUUCCAGCACACCGAGUUGUCCGAACACUCCAAGCAUGCGGGAGCACCCACCCGUGUCUGUGUGUGACCUCGCUGACCACAUCGAGGGGCUCAGAGCCAAUGACAGCCUGCGCUUCUCUCAAGAGUACGAGUCGAUUGAUCCUGGUCAGCAGUUUACCUGGGAACACUCCAAUCUGGAGGUCAACAAACCUAAGAACCGCUAUGCAAAUGUCAUCGCCUACGACCACUCCCGGGUCAUCUUGACCCCCGUCGACGGUGUUCCAGGGAGCGACUACAUCAACGCGAACUAUAUUGACGGCUACCGCAAACAGAACGCUUACAUUGGCACCCAGGGGCCUCUGUCAGAGACGCUCGGGGAUUUCUGGAGGAUGGUAUGGGAACAGAGAACCAGCACAGUCAUCAUGAUGACACGACUAGAGGAGAAGUCGAGAGUGAAGUGUGAUCAGUACUGGCCCAGUCGGGGGAUGGAGACGUAUGGAAUGAUCCAGGUCAGCCUACUGGACACGGUGGAGCUGGCAACCUACAGCGUCAGGACCUUCACACUGUUCAAGAGUGGCUCCAGUGAGAAGAGGGAGGUUCGUCAGUUCCAGUUCCUGGCCUGGCCGGACCACGGGGUGCCUGAGUACCCCACCCCCAUCCUGGCCUUUUUGCGCAGGGUCAAAGCCUGCAACCCUCCCGAUGCAGGACCCAUGGUGGUCCACUGCAGUGCAGGCGUCGGCAGGACGGGCUGUUUCAUCGUCAUCGACGCCAUGCUGGAGCGACUAAAGCAUGAGCGGUCUGUGGACAUCUACGGUCAUGUGACGUGCAUGCGGGCGCAGCGUAACUACAUGGUGCAGACGGAGGAGCAGUACGUGUUCAUCCACGAGGCCCUGCUGGAGGCGGCGACCUGUGGACACACCGAGGUCCCCGCACGCAGCCUCUACACACACAUCCAGAAACUCACACAGGUGCCGACUGGAGAUACCGUCACUGCCAUGGAACUAGAGUUCAAGAAGCUGGCCAACCUGAGAGCACACACCUCCAGGUUCAUCAGCGCCAACCUCGCCUGUAACAAGUUCAAGAACCGCCUCGUCAACAUCAUGCCCUUUGAGUCCAGCAGAGUGUGUCUUCAGCCAAUCAGAGGAGUGGAAGGCUCGGACUACAUCAACGCCAGCUUCAUCGACGGAUACAGGCAGCAAAAGGCCUACAUAGCCACCCAGGGUCCCCUGGCAGAAACCACUGAGGACUUCUGGAGAAUGUUAUGGGAGAACAACUCAACCAUAGUAGUCAUGCUCACCAAACUCCGGGAGAUGGGGCGAGAGAAGUGUCACCAGUAUUGGCCCUCUGAACGCUCUGCUCGGUACCAGUACUUCGUGGUGGACCCGAUGGCCGAAUACAACAUGCCACAGUACAUCCUGCGCGAGUUUAAAGUCACCGAUGCCAGGGACGGCCAGUCCCGGACCAUCCGGCAGUUCCAGUUCACUGAUUGGCCGGAACAGGGGGUGCCAAAGACGGGGGAGGGCUUUAUUGACUUCAUCGGCCAGGUGCACAAGACCAAGGAGCAGUUUGGCCAGGAUGGACCAAUUACUGUUCACUGCAGUGCUGGUGUGGGUCGUACAGGAGUGUUCAUCACUCUGAGCAUUGUGCUGGAGAGGAUGAGGUAUGAGGGAGUGGUCGACCUGUUUCAAACCGUCAAAACACUGCGCACCCAGAGACCUGCCAUGGUACAGACAGAGGACCAGUACCAGUUGUGUUACAAGGCAGCUCUCGAAUAUCUGGGCAGCUUUGAUCACUAUGCAACGUAACCGCUCACAAAACUCACCAGAAAAGUCCUGGAACGCCCAGAUCAGCGAAGCUCUGUCGGAGCCAGACCCACCCCACCUAUUCAAACCACAGGCCAUGGGAGAGAGCCAGGGACACAGGGAGGGACAGCGAAAGAAGAGGAGAGCAUUAAAGAGUUCUGUGUGGGCACGGGGCCUUCACACUUUCAUCCUGUGGACAUCCUUUUUCAGAAAGCACCCCAAAACAAACAAACAAACAAAACAACAUCAAGCGUGCUGGUAUCUCUAGUACUACGGCACCUGCUGUCUCUCUGUCUUGCUGACAGUGCAAGUUACUUUAUUGAUUUUUUAAGCUUGCCAUUUUAUUUGCCAUCAUGUUAUUCCUUAUAUUUGCCAUUAUUAUUAUCAUUACCAUGACUAUAUAAAACAGCUGUACCAGAAACCCAGUAUUUUUGUCAUUUAUGAUAUAAGGGGUCUAUUUGUUUUUUAUUUUAUUUUUUUAUACAUUGCUGUUGGUUUCUGGUCUAUUUUAUUAUCAUAUAGUCUCUUACAUUUAACAUAGAGGCAUGAAUUUUUACAUUUAUGGCAUUUAGCAGACGCUUUUAUCCAAAGUGACUUACAAUUGUGACAACCUGAGUAAUUGGGGGUUAAGGGUCUUGAUCAGGGUUCCAACAGUGGCAACUUGGCAGUGGUGGGGCUUGAACUGGCAACCUCCCAAUUGCCUGUCUAAUACCUUUGCUGCUGAGCUACCACUGCCCCUGUCUAGUUUUACAUGUACUGGAGCACCGGUGAUAAGUACAGCACUCACGCCGCUAGUUUUGAGGUCGUUCUGUUCGUUUUAACGAUGUAGUCCUUGUCAGACAGUCACAGGGGCAUCUCUUACACACCUGCUUGUCUCCUGAUCCCCACACAACAAUUAUCAAUGUUAAAGUGAUCAAAUGGUGUGAUCUGAGAAUAAUUACCCUGUAUAGAUUCUCAACUUCAAAAUAGCUGUAAGACUGUGAUUCUAUAUUUUUUCUGGAACCUUUAGCGCUAACACAGCGAGAGCAAGGCCAUGUGCUGACUCGCUGGAGACUCCGUUCUCCCACCGGCCUGGCGGCUGACCCGCCUGAAAUGGUCGCACUUGUAGAGCGAUUGGCCGCCUCUCUUCAUCUCAUUUCAGAAAGAUGAAACGUUUGAACUGGCAGCUGAACUCACUCAGCUGACCACGGUGACAGAAUAGAACUGGCUGGAAGAGGGAAUACCCGUAUGUAAGGGAAGUCUCAUUGUCCGUACGAGUGCAUACAAUUCCAUAUGGUUCUGGAUCAGUCAUUCCAAUCAUAUCUCAAUGUGGUUCAGAAGGACAGGCUCCUACUCCGAAACAGAUAAGUAUCACUGCAUAACAAAGCAUUUUCCCAACCCACAUCCCCAAGAACAAAGCAACAUGGAUUCAUGGGACCAGGGCAAAUGAUGCAAACCCAAGGGACUGGGGCAAAUGAUCCAUUUCACUUUGUGUUCGCACCAAAAUGUAAGAGGAUUCAAUCUGUUGUACAUGCACUCUGUUUUCUAUUUGCUAAUAAAAAGAAAAAUAAAAAGAGAAAGAAUAUGUUCCAAAAAAACCUCGAUGUCAAUAAAGUUUAAUAACUGGGUUUUGUA